UAGUGGGUAUUGACAAGUAAUCAUUUUUUAGGGACUUUAAGCAAAUACAAAAACAAGAAAACUAAACUAAAAACUUUAGAAUAUAUUUGAUGAUAUGGAGGAGAAGCGGGAUGAGGAAGCCAGACAGGCUGCCAAAUUUUUUAUAAUAUCCAAUACAGAAGUCGCUUGCCGCAUUCAAAGCACCUUGGACAUCGAUGUAUGGCGGAGCUCGGAGGCCUUCUAUAACUUAAUCUCAUACCUGAACGACGUCAGCACCGAGGUCCAGGGAGUCCUUAGCUCGGCCAGCUUUCCCGUUAGCGAGAACAUACGCCGUUUGACGACCAUAUUUGACAAACUGGACGAGAUAGUCACGUCGAGUCCGCCGGCUUUUCAAGUGGUAGAUACCAUGGCCAGUGCCUCGCUGGAUCUGGGAAACAAGGGCUAUCGACGGUUUUCACGGAUCAUGCUUAGGGACAUCUACCAGAUACUGGAAGAAGCGCUGCCUGUGAAUAAGUGCAGCUACGUGAACGAGCUGGGACAGUACCUGUCAGGGGCCUUUGGCAGCUCCACUAAAAUUGAGUACGGGACGGGGCACGAGCUCAGCUUCCUGUUCUUCAUGUGCGGUCUGUUCGAGGCGAAGAUUCUCCGUCGGGAGCAGGACCUUGCAGCCUCAGCUUUAAUCCUGUUCGAUCGAUAUCUGAAAUUUGUGCGCCGGAUGCAGGUCCUCUACUCAGUGGUGUCGGCGAACUGCCAGGGAGCCUAUGGCUUGGACAAGUUUCAGUUCGUGCCGUACAUCUGGGGAGCCGCUCAGCUGUGUCACGGGGCUCCGUUUUCCCCCCAGAAAAUGCUUGACGAAAAUAUAGUGGAGGAGUAUAAGACAGAGUACAUGCUGAUCGACUGUGUGCGCCAUGUGUACGACACGGCAGGCGGAUCUUUUGCCCGCCACUCCAGUCAGCUCUGGAGCUUGGCGGCCUUGUCCUCUUGGAUGAAGAUCCAUCGCGGUCUUAUGUUCAUGUACAUGGAGGACAUCCUUCUGGAUUUUGAUUCGCUAAGUGCACUGCGUUUCGGUGAAUUGAUGCCGUUCGAGAAGGCUAAAUCUGGUCGACAGCUGGGGAAUGCCCGACUGGGUGCGAUUUCUCCAGUGCGAUGCCAAUUGAGGACUUCCAGACUCGGCACCCCCAUGAAUUCAAAGUUGAAAUUGUCCCCCAGAAAAGAUAAUGUCUACAGCGAUGCCCUUUCGAACAGUGGAUUGUCCUUGGGCAGCGAAUGCUCAUCGCUUAGCGGCGUCAGUGUCAACCUGCCGACUUGGAUGGAAGAAGACUCGCCCAAUACGAAAUAGUUGUAUUCAGUUUUUACAAAUUACAAAUAAAAUUAUGUUCUUAGCAUGA